CUUGUAGGUUUCCUGCAGAUUUGAAAUGAUACAAUGGAACCAAGCUGGAGUACGUUUUUAUUUCAACAGGCCAAUGAGGCCCUGCAUCACCAGCACCAAGUGGCAGGGAACAGCCUUCUGCCUCUUCUCAACUCUGGAUCAGAGCCACCAGAUCAGAAGCCAGUGCUGCCCAUCCCCUUGGACCAAAAGCCCCCAGUCAGUGCCACAGAACUCCUUAAAGACAAUGUGGCGAGUGGGACAGGGGGAGGUGGGCCUCCCCUUGCCAUUGUCAAGAAAGAGCCUAAAUCAAAGACACCCUUUAUUUGUGGCUACUGCAACAAAACCUUUCGGGACAGUUAUCACCUGCGGCGCCACGAGUCUUGCCACACUGGCAUCAAAAUGGUGUCGCGGCCCAAGAAGACACAAACGGCCCCCACCUUGGUGCCACUUAUUUCCACUGUACCACGGGAGAACAGUGGCAACUCCCCAUACAUCUCUACUGUAGCAGGCAUUUUGACUACAGCUACAACUUCCACAUCCACAGGAACAAGCAUCAUGACCCCUAUGCAACACCAACAGCAGCAGAGCAUCCCUAAAAAGCCCCCUAAGCCAGUGAAAAAGAACCAUGGCUGUGACAUGUGUGGGAAGGCUUUCCGUGAUGUCUACCACCUCAAUCGUCACAAGCUCUCGCACUCUGAUGAAAAGCCAUUUGAAUGUCCCAUCUGCCAGCAAAGGUUCAAAAGGAAGGAUCGUAUGACGUACCAUGUGCGCUCACAUGAUGGUGGUGUUCAUAAGCCUUACAUUUGCUCUGUUUGUGGAAAGGGCUUCUCCAGACCUGACCAUCUAAGCUGUCAUGUCAAGCAUGUUCAUUCCUCAGAGAGGCCCUUCAAGUGCCAAGUUACGGCAUGUACCUCGGCAUUCGCCACCAAAGACCGGCUUCGCUCACACAUGAUUAGGCAUGAAGGCAAGGUCACCUGCAACAUCUGUGGAAAGAUGCUAAGUGCUGCCUAUAUCACCAGUCACCUCAAGACACAUGGCCAGGCCAGCUUCAACAGCCAGUGUAAUAAAGGCAUAAGUGACUGGCAGUGGAACCACCCAGUGCCACGAAAAGGUGAGUUGACGGUAGGAGAGAUUUUAAAUAACUCGUUCCAAGUCCUAAUUGACAUCUCUUGCAACCAAGAUGGUGGCAACAUUCACAAUUCGUCAUCUGCAACUCCUGUCACUAACUCGGCAGCCAUCACGUCUACUGUGAAUCGUGUUUGCAACACCAGCAACUCAGUCACCAUUGCCGCCCAGAUGAACAUCACCACCAGUACAGUGAACAUCACCUCACCAGUCAACCUGCAGCACCCAGUUACCAUCACUGGGCCCGUCAAUCUGGCCUCAGUCAACAUUCCCACAACAGCUCACAUGAAUAUUGCCCAUCCUGUGGCAAUUACUACUCCCAUGCCCAUGAAUAUUACCGGCCCCCUUAACAUCGCCAUGAGGCCCAUGGAAAGCAUGCCUUUUUUAUCCCAAGUUCUGCCUUCCUCCCCUCCUUGGUAGAGCUUUAGCCCCUUAAAGAGUGCUCAGUCACCCCCUCAGUCCAUGUAGAUUAUGAUGUAGUAUAGCAAAAAGUAGAGGGUGAAGUGGCAAGCCCAUUUUGAUGAAAUCCGAUUUAGUUUUUGUUUAGUCACUGAAGUACGGAGUCAGUCUUGUACAAGUGACAAGUUGAAAAUGAUGUAUCAACUGGAUGUCUGACCUCAAACAUGGGUGACACAUCAGAAAUUACUGUACCUUUGAUAGUGGAAAAAAAUCUUUAACAGAGGUGUGUUGCUGAUAUUUUACAUGCUCUCCAGAAGAGAGAUUGUUUUAUUUUUUCAUUUGUUAUUUUAGAUUACUUAUCAGUAUUUAAUAGUUUUAUGUAUUUUAAAGACUAAAUGUUAAAGAAAAGGGACAAAGGCUUCCAUUUCUGGGGGGGGGGGUUGAGUGAUAUAUUGAAAUAUUUUGCUAAUGGGGAGAUGGUUUAGAGGCCAUUUGGAAUUGUUGUCUACAAGUGACUUCAAUCACAAACCUCCCCCAUGUCUCCCCGUGUAAGUUGCUGGAACCCCUCACUGCUGGAUGCUUGAUACUGUAUGUUCGAUUCUCUGGGACGUUUAGAACUUUUGGAUGUAUUUAGAUGAGAACAUAAAAGAUUAAGGUACAGGAAAGGCGAGGAAGCGGUGUCUUUUCGUGAAGUCAUGACCUCUAGGCUGUCCCCUAAAACCAGCAGUAUUUCAAGGUCAAAAAAUUACUUUCCUAAAUGUAGAGGUUCAGAGAGCCACCUAGUGGCGUAGAAGAUACAUUGCUGUAGAUAUUAUGAAAACAGUCCCAAAGCUUUCUUUUUUCAUGACGAUUCUAAAUUUUAGUUUUGGGAGAAGUAUUUAUCUCUCUCUCUCUUUUUUUUUGCAGGUAUAGAAUUUAAUCUCUCAGCCGAGGAAGCCUACUGAGAAAAUAAUUUUAAAAUCAAGUUUAUCAGUUUACACUUCUUUUUCUUUUUUUUUGUAAAUACGAAACACUAUUCAGUUGACAUUUCUUGUGGGAGAGGGAAACUAAAGCCUGUCUAUCUGCCACACAUUAGCAGUGCUAGUACUUUAUUGUCACUAAUGUGUGUAUUUCUAUGCCUGAGGAGAGAAAAUUAUCUUAGAUUCUUUCGAACCAAGUUAGCACCAUAGUUCUUAAAGACGCUGCCCCUGUUUUUUUUUGCCCUGGGAGGUUAUUUGACAACGGAGAAUAAAAACUGUUUGACUCUGUUCACGUUUACAGACAACCAACAAACGUUCUUGUUUGUCUUGAUAAAUGAGAGGCUUCUUUUCUGUAAAGGUCCCUUCCAGUCCAGCCAAACUGUAGGCUGUUCACACUGCCUAUGGGCUGCACUGGCACUGGAACGAGGUAAUAAUGCACACUGAUGAGAGGAUGUGACCAUAUCGUUUAUACCCGCCCACACCCAAAAUCUGUUGGCCAAGGAUUUCUAGGCCUUCGAAAGUAUUGCAUGCAUACCAACACUUUUGCCCUAGGUAAUUCCUCAAGUAUAGAACAGCAUUGUGAGUUAGGAAAUGAGCUCCUUCCCCAUCCAUUUUUCUGUUGCAUGUGGACAACUCAGCUUGUUCAGUUAAGAUUUGAGUUUGAAACUAAUUGUAGAGCUAGUGGAAUUUUUAUUGCAAUUUAACACUAAAAUUAGGUUCACACGGAGUGUGUGGUGUCCUUUAUUCUUCCCGAGUGGCUGUAAGCAGUGUGCAUGAACUACUCUGCAAGGCACUUCCCACAUUUACAUGCUGGGCACUUCCCACACUUACAUGCUUCCUCCUCUACAUGUGCUGCAUGAUGGAGUCAUUUCUGAAGGGAGCCUUCAACAAUUCAGACUGCCGCAGCCAGACAGGCGAUCAACAGGUGAUUUUCUUUUUUCACGCCAUGGUCUUGAAGUUGUUCAAUUUAACAUUCCAAAGUAGAUCGCGUAAAUCUUUUUUAAGGGUAAUUAUGUAAAUGUAUCUGACAUUUGACUGUGGUUUUGUUUGAUUGCAAACUAAUGUGAAAAGCAUUUCUUUGGCCAAAUUAUGAAGUGGAAGAUAAUUUUCACAAAUCUUCCCUCUAUUUUUCAUGAUGACCUUGGCAGAUGUUGUGAAAGUAAAUGAAUGUAUAUCUUUGUACAAUACAUUUAGUUCAGAGAACAUGUUAGCUAAGUUAGACACGUGCGGGGAAAAAAAACAAGAUAACCUUUUAUAAAUGCUUUUGUAUUAGAACAUUAACAAUGAUAAUUUUUGUAUAUAUGAAGACUAGGCUUUCUGAUUAGCAGAAAGGGAACAUUCCUACAUUUUUUUAAAUGUAUGUUUGUCAAUAAUUAUGUAAACAUAUGCGCAGUGUUUUAUGUGCCUUUUAUUUGGAUUUGUCUAAAUAAAAUAAUAAAACAAAAUUGUGGACUGUCCUUCGGAAGUCCAAAAUUUAGGAGGAACGUUGAUAUGCCUCAUUAAACAAUUAUUCUCCAAAGCCCCCUGCAACUAAGACACUCCUCCAGACCAGAAACCAAAUAGUUACUUCCAUUGAUUUUGCUUGCUGUAAAGUUUUAUUCAUGUUGGCAUGGAAUCCCGAGAAGGACCACCAGAGUCCUUCAUCAGACUUCGUCUCCAGUGGUCUCCGAUCGACAGGCUUGGGGUGAAAACAAGUUAAUUUAGUUUCUUCACUGGCUUGCUGGCUCACAGUUGCCAACAUGAAGUGCCUCUGUGAUUGUUUGCUUAAUGGAGAGGAGUGUGGAUUAUUUUGUGCCAAACCAUAUUCUUCAUGUGACAACAAAAAUUAUUUGGGUGGUUUUUUUUCCCAGUAUUUUACUUUUACCUAUUAA